UUAAGAAAAGAGGAAGAAGAGAAGCUGAGAGUUUAUUUGAGGAAACAUUUGAUCGGAUAACAAUGAUGAGAUCAAGUUUUCUUCUCCUCUUGCUCUGUCACUCUUCCUCGUCAAUGCUGCUGGGGUGGGUGGAGUCUCCGGGGUAUCCCAGCGGAUACCCUCCUCAUGCAACUUUAAACUGGAGUAGGUGUGCUCCCGAAGGUCACAUCCUCUCUUUAAAGCUCAUCCACCUGGACCUGGAAGACAGCCACGACUGUGAGAAUGAUGCGUUGAAGGUUUAUUCAGGUGAAGAUCAAAUAUCCAUUCUCUGUGGAACAGUGGAGUUUGAGGAACUUGAGUCCACAGUGAACCCCUUGCUCAUCUCCCCCUCUGGUGGCUGCCUCAAGCUUUUGUUCCAAACGGACUAUUCAAACCCGAAGAGGUACCACGGCUUCAGAGGUUUCUACACCAUCCAUGACUUUGACGAGUGUGAGGAUGACCUCAGCAACAAAUGCACCCAGUUUUGUCACAACUUCGUUGGAGGGUAUCGCUGCUCCUGUCACCAUGGCUACCAACUGGCUGAGGACAAACACAUUUGCAAUGUGAGCUGUUCCAAGGAUCUGUCGGGGAUGAGCAGAGGUGAAAUUUCCUCUCCUUCAUGGCCUGACUCAUAUCCGGAGAAUGCCAACUGUUUGUUCACUCUGUCUGUGGAGCCACACCGCCAACUGGUGCUGCGCUUCUCUGCUGUUUUUGACGUGCAACAAGGUCCUGAUAGUCAGUGCAAAGAUGCACUGAGGAUCGUGACCCAAACUAAGACUUUGGGACCAUUCUGUGGCAACAAACCGCCUCCAUCCCCAAUUUCCACUCAUUCAAAUCAAGUCCAGAUCUACUUCACCUCUGAUGAAACUGGCGAGAACAAAGGCUUCAGGCUUCACUUUGAAACCAUAGAAAAAGUGUGCCAGUCAGGAGUGAUCGCCAACUCCAAAAUGACUCCCCAUAAGCAAGAAUACAAAAGUGGUGAAACCGUGACAGUGAUAUGUGAUGUUGGCUAUGUCGUUAAUUCUAAAGGCGCCUUGGCCCUCUCCACACAAUUUGAAACAACCUGCCAAACCACAGGCUCAUGGUUUCCCAGCUACUCCUGUGAAAUUGUAGACUGUGGUUUGCCGCAAAUAGAAAGCAACAGCAUCCUUGAGCUGGUGGAUGUACCUGCACAGAAGACUCAGUAUAAUGCGGAAGUCCAGUUCAUGUGCAGUUCAGAGUACUACAAGCUGAAAGGACAUGAUACAUAUACUUGUAACGCCACUGGUCAAUGGGUAUCACCAGGUGACAAAGCAGACAUGCCUAAAUGUAUUGAAGUGUGCGGCGUGACGUCAAAUUCCAUCUCAAGCUCCGGCAGAAUCUUGGGAGGCGCUCGUGCAAGUCUAGGACAAAUACCAUGGCAACUCCUCAUCAAAUCUCCAAGGAGAGGAGGAGCUUCACUGAUAAACGAUCAGUGGGCUGUCACAGCGGCUCACGUUGUGGAUGGAGUUGAUGAAUCUAUGAUCAAAAUCUUUGGUGAACUUGUUGAUGGUCAAGAAUCUGACAGGACAGACGUCUUAACUUGUGAGAGGAUCAUAAUUCAUCCUGGCUAUGAACAAGGGAUUUCCUCUAACACACGAACAAAUUAUGACAAUGACAUUGCUCUUAUUAGGUUCAAAACCAGAGUAAACUUGGGUCCAAACAUUUGUCCCAUUUGUCUGCCAGAUGUGAACAGGGUUAUGUUGGAAGAUGAACAAGGCACAGUGUCAGGUUGGGGAGGUACGGAUAGAUAUCGUGCCUCCCGCUUCUUAUUGUACGCUCAUAUUUCAGUUUAUUCUCUAGACACUUGUAGGAGCACACCAGUCCUGCCAAAAGUUGGAACCAUGAUUUUCACUAAAAACAUGCUUUGUGCUGGAGCAGAUGGGAAGGACAGCUGUGGUGGUGACAGUGGAGGUCCUUUUAUUCUGCCUAUGCUGUCUCCAGCUGGUGGACCGUAUCACCUUGCUGGCAUUGUGUCCUGGGGAGCCCCGUGUAAGGACGGAGCCAACAAGGGCUACUACACCAAGGUGCAGAACUACAUAGAAUGGAUCAAAAACACCAUCAAGGGAACAUAGGGAGGAGUAAUGUCCCAGUGCUACUGACCACAUUUACAAGUGAUUUAUGACUGAUUAAAAUCAAAAUCAUUAAACAUAAAAUCACAACAGCAUGAUUCAUUUCUACAUGUAAAAAAAUGGUCAGUCAUCUGAGUAUAUUUUACAAUGAUUUAUAACCUUCAAUCUCAUAAUAUGAUGAAACCGAAUAACUAAAACGGGAGCAUUUAGUCUAGACGUGAGAACAUGUGUUUUUAGGCAGUGCUGGGACCAAUGAAGCUGUAAAUAAAACAUAAUUAAACAAAUCUAUGUCAACUCUUAAUAAAAUUUUGGAAAUAUA